AUGAAACCGCCUCAAGGCAGCUCAGAGCGGAUCGUUUCGCUUAUGAAAAAGGCCGAGAAGGAUGUUUCAUCCAAAGUUCCAAUGGUGAUGCGCAGACUUUAUGAGCUGGACCCCAAUGAGAGUACUACUUCUAUUCUUGAAGAUUUGGUUGACAAUGGUCCUAAGCAAAAGAGUACUUUCCAGGCCCGUGAUGACGUACGGUCGAUUGCUCCAGACUCUCCAUCUACAAACGUUCUACGCUUUGAAUGUAGAAACGCAUAUAUUGGAAGAAGAGACUUCUACAAUGUCCAACCAAUCCCAAGAGAGAGACUAUAUUCAUACAAGCCACCACUCAACAAAGGUCUACGAUUUGAUCUAGUGAAGGCAAGGAAUCCACUUAAUUUGCUCUUCUCAGGUGCAUAUUAUCUAGUGUUUCCUAAUCAUCUUCAGGCGUGUCUUUACUAUAUGGAGACUAGACACAAGGUGAUGAAUGGGUUCAACAUGAAGCUUGAGUUUGUUUCUCCCAAUGAGAAACAUUUGGGUAGAAUGGGGUCGCCUUUGCUAGAACCAUCCGCCUCGCAUAAACCACACUCCUCGUUAUCAUCAACAUCUAAUCCUUCUUUCGAAAAUAUCUUCAAGACAUCGAAAGAAAAGUCCUUAAUUUUAGAAAAGUUAGAACAGUUGAAAGACGUUAAAGACGAUUCGCUCGCCGAUACACACCCAAACUAUCUUUUAUUACAGCGUUUUAUGAACAUACCUACACGUUACCAGCUGGUACUUGUGAGAAAUCUUCCGUUUGGGUUGUCCAGCCAAACCUUAUCAGACCUUCUUUGGGACUAUAAAUUUUCAGAUAUGAUAGCUCCACUGAAUUCGUGGAAACAGAUCAUAUGUGAUCCAAUAACCCAAACAAAUCUAACCUUGAUACAUUUCGGGGACGAGCAAAGUGCUAUGAGGUUUGUGAGGAAUUUCCAUGGACGUAGAUGGGACCCCGUGAACAAGGGGAGAGAAAAGCAGUUGUACCAGCCCGUACUUUGCGAAAUUCUCGAGUAA